UUAUGCGCAACAGUGGUCCUAUAUGUUAUAAGUGUUCUGGGGUUUCGAGUAUGACUGUGUGUAAAACAAUAACCACGUGUCCAUUAAAUGAGCUUUGUAUCAUUGAAUCAAAUGACAGGAAUGGUGAAAUAUAUUUCAAUAGUGGAUGUCAGACAAAAUAUGCUUGUGACAUGUUAGCCGGAACGGGUAACAUUUUGGGGAAACGAGAGAUAAACGGCCCAAGACCAGGCUACUGCAAGAGAUGUUGUGCCGGAGAUUUAUGUAAUACUGAAUGUAGUAUAGAUUUGAAGACAACAUCAUCAGUUACAACAACUAAGACGAUAGCAUCUAUCACACCACCAAGGACAACCACAGUAGUCACAACACCAAUGACGACAGGUAUUAUGUUUAUUGGGGUGGGGAAUAUCAUGAUUCAUUGGGAACGAAAUUUUAACCUGGCUUUCCUGGCGAGCUUUGGUACUCCUCCUGCAUAUGCACAGCUGUAUAUUAUUUCUGAUCAUAACGGAACAUGCAUGAUACGUAUUCCGUACCUACAUAUAAACACAUCAAUGCCUGUUAUAUUCAACGAUGUGAGUCAAUAUCGUAUAAACAGCAGCAUUCUGAUGACGACGCUAGGAAUACAACACAAAGCAAUAAUAGUUAGUUGUGACGUUCCAGUAUCUAUAUACGGAAUGAACUAUAGGAAUGUAGUCACCGAGGGCUAUCUUGGUAUUCCCCAGAAUGGACUUAGAAGCAAAUACAUAGUGUCAUCUUUCUCUCAAGAUAAGUCAGAGUUUGGAAUUAUUGCUCCUAGUAAUGAUACUUUUAUUUCGAUUAACUUAAGAUUGGAGUCUGGUGACUUGAAGUAUAAUGGAAACACGUACCGUCCAGGUGAUUUAUUAAAUAUAACAAUGUUCAAAGAUGAAACAUUUUAUUUAUCAUCCGACAAUGAUCUGAGUGGUACAAUAAUUUCUUCAACCAAACCCGUUGCUGUUGUUUCCGGAGUCAAAUUAAGUUUCAUGAACGACGAAUACUCAAACCACAUGACAGAAAUGAUUUUGCCCCACAAACAUCUUGGCAGAAAUUUUAUAGUUCCUGUGUUGUAUAAUUCACAAUGUAGGUAUAGGAUAUUCGCGGACAGUCCCUCCAGUUUAACGAUCCAGCAGGGUAAUUACACUAUAUCUGGAUUCAAGAAAAAUAUAACUGCAGGACAGUAUCUGGAGGUUAAUUCUGACAAACCAACAACCCUCAGAUCAUCCUCUGGUAUCCUUGUUCAACUUUACUGUGACUCACAUGGUCUAUCCUACGACUCUGUGAUGGUUACUCUGCCUGCCAUUAGUCAUUUCAAAGCAGGCUACCAGUUUGUAGCCGUCUCCGACUUUCCACCAGGUUACCAACCAAAUAAUUAUUAUAUGACAGUUAUCAUACCAACAAAUGCUGUCGACGGACUAAAAUAUGACGGAUAUUUGUGGGUGUCUUUCAUACAAAAGUUUUCCAUUGUCGUGUCAGGACAUUCAUAUAGCAUCUUGAUUAAGGAGAUAUCGAGUGGGUUACACACACUCACGCAAGUGAAUAACGUUACAUUUGGAUUAAUUGUAAAUGGAAAGACAACACACCAGGGCUAUGCGUACCCAGCAGGUUUCCACUUUAAUAAUGGUGCUCAAUAGCACCAAGUGAUAACGUUUGUGUUGACCAGUCAGUGCUGAACUAUUAUCAAAUCUUGUUUUUAAAUACUUCCUCACUUAAGAAUCUGAACUGUUUGCAGUAUAACCACAAUUAUAUAUCCAUUAAAUCCAUAUGUAUAAGUAAUAAGUAAUAAUUGUGUAACCUAGUGGUAGUUUAAGACUUUGACACUAUAUUUGCGAGACACAAUUCUUCAUAUGUGAACUUUCGUUAUACUUUAAUCGCUUAAAGCUACUUCCACAUCAAAUUAUCUUCAAAUUAAGUAGUGAAAUCAGUGGCAAAACCUUUCUGCACAGUGUUUGACAAUACUUUAUUAUUUUAACUUAUUGUUAAAAUGAAUAGUUACAUUUCAAUUUUCACUUGAAGCAGUGUAUCAACAACAAAAACACACUUACAGAUACGAAUAAGAAAAGUUUAUGAAAAAAAUAUGUAAAUGAGCAGAAUAUGAAAUUUAAACUAGUUUUGUAUGUACUCAACUUCUGAUCUAACCCGUGUGAAUAGCAUGUCAGAAAAGAAUAGAAAGGUAUGAAAAAUAUUUUUAAAAAAGACUCUUUUAAAAGCAGGAUAAGUUAACUUGGUGCUGCUGGUAUUUAGCUACGACGGUGAUAGCUGCCUAAAGCUACCACUGAGAAAAACUACAAAAUAUAAACAAUAUGUCUAACAACAUCUAUGAAGAAUCGGCACAGAUUUUGUUUAAAUAGAAACGGAAGAUUCCAAGAGGCCAUUUGAACUCGUAUUCGAGAUAACUGACACACCCUGGCAAAAAAAAGACGACGAAAAGAAAACAAAAGAUGUAAACA